UGUGACGAUCGCGGCAGUAGUCUGCUAAUCGGAUAUUUAAGAGUAGAUCAGCCACUCUGCAGCUAGCAUCGGAUUACGUAUCCCGCGCCAGUCGGAUCCAGCCGAGAUCCCACCAUGGCUUCAGCCAGUUUCUACGAUGGAGCACUUGUCCCUAUCGGAACUCACCGUCUAUUCCUACGGCUACAGGGUGUUCCCCGCUUCGAGGGGCAACCCCUGGUGAUCUUUGUCGCCGGCGCGGGGGAUGUCGCCUCGUCGUACUGCGCCGUUGCUCGACAAGUGGGCGCCUUUGCUACUGUCCUUCUCUACGACCGCACCGGUCUAGGACGCAGCGAGGACAGUCCUUCCCAGUACUAUCCCAGCGCGACGCUCGCUGCCCAAGAACUACACAUCCUCCUUGGCAACGCAGCCCUGCCGCCCCCGUAUAUCCUGGUCGGCCACUCUUACGGUGCCAUCAUCGCGCGGGAAUACCUCCACUUGUUCUCCGACGAGAUCAGCGGUAUGGUGCUAGCCGAUGGCUCCACCGAACGUCAACAUGAACUCUUCCAAGACCCCGAGCUGGACAUCAAUGCUGUCCUGGGAGAUUUGAAUUUCGCACGUGUGACGGGGCUACGGGAUAGUGCGCAACUGUCACGGGAGGAAUGGCGGGCCCGGGCUAUCGAUAUUGCGCGGGGGCGGGAGAUGUGGGCUGCUGAGGGGAGGACACUGGCAACAGUCUGCCAGACGCUGGGGGAGAAGGAGCAGUAUCGGACCCAGGCGCUGGGGACUCGGCCGUUGUCGGUGAUCCGAUGUCGUGGCUCGUUGGAUUACCGACGGGUGUAUGAGAAGGGGGUGGAAGCGGGGAAUGGAAGCGAGAAGCAGCAGAAGGCGUUCUGGAGGCUACUAGAGCGGUGGGAUGAUGUGGAUCAGGCGAUGCAGGAGGAGCAGUUGAGGUUGUCGGGGGGAAGCCGAAUGGUGUACCUGGGGCAGUGUGGGCACCAGGUGCAUUGGGUGCGGCCGGAUGUGGUUGCGCAGGAGGUAAGGUGGGUGAUGGAGGAGAUUGUCAGGGGGGAAGCUGUGAGUCCAACUGAAUGACUGCACAGUCAUGAGGAGUCAUUCUGUUGAAUGGUUGGAACUGUAGUCCGGUGGCUGACACGGGCGGUUGGUGAAAGGCAGUGCAUGGAGGGGCUGGGAGUGAGUCAAGGCAGCUGGGUGAAAGUUUGGUUUCUGCUCUUAUUGCUAGUAGCUGAGGUCGGAGUCAGAAUCAAAUGAAACUAUUCCAUACCGUUGGUGCUGGUAUAGUUCGACUUUGACUGUCACGUCCCACCAUACCCGAUCAGGCAACCCCGGGCUUGGCACCAUCGCAAGUCGGCGUCGACUUUCUUCUCGUCUU